CACAAAAAGUCUACCAGGUUUCUGACUACUUUACGACAGAUUGGUUUUCAAACGUGCCGUAAAGCAGUUUGUCCACAAGUGUGUAUCAACAUCAACACUUGCUCGUUUAAAAAAUGUUUAAGAAAAAAACAAGAAGGAACAUUCGGCAAAGAAAAGGAGAAUCAAGCGAGGAAGAGGAUGAACAUAAAAUUGAAAACAAAGACGAAAAGAAGAAGCUUCUUGACAACUCCGCGGUGACCAAGCCGUCUCAAAGUUCACAAGGCCGCGGUAUAUCGUGCAGUUCAAGGCGAGAAACGACGCCGCCAAAGUCGGAUCAGAGCGAAGGAGAAGAUGCUCUUGACAGCAGACAUUCUACUGAGCAGAAACAGAAAGCAAGCGCUGUGCUUAGUUUCUCCGAAGACAAAGACGCUGAAGGAGCGGAGUUUAAGCUAAGGAAGUCAUCCGACAAAGCAAUCGUUUUUCAAGCCAAAAGAAAAGAAGGAUCAUCAGCGAAGAAUACCCACAGAAGCCGUCCAGUGCAACGGGCUCCCCUGCCGUCUGGUUCACCCAGGCAGGAUUCUUCGAGUCCAGCCUCCCUUCCCACACCUGAUGAAGAAGAUAAUAGUGAUGGUUCUACAUCAUCGCUCUCAAGUUUGUCCUCCUCGCCAGCCUCUAAUCACUCUGCUUACAAACCAGUUAUAAUCCCCAGUGCGAAAACCAUCAAAACGGCCAGGAGGCAACGUCAAGAAGCAAGAUCCCAGAAAGACUUCAUUUCCCUGGGUAGGGAUGGCCGGAGCUCUGCUGGCAGCACCCCAGAUCGCCGCAGCAGGGACAGCGACCGCGACGACGACGAACCAGAUGAUUGCGAGCGAAGGAUUGAGUUUGCCCCGCGUGCGAAGAGCGUUCGAGAGAGGAUUGCGGAGAAACUUGGAAGCAGUGAUGAAAGUAAAUCUGACUCUGAGGAAGAGGAGCAGAAACUUUGGGAGGAGACUCAGAUUUUCAAGGGACUCAAAAGACGUCCAGGUGAACAGAGUCCUUCAGGCAGUGAAGCCAGCAACUACAGCAGCAGCAGCAGAAGCAGGAGGAGAAACCAACACAGGCAGAAGAAGGCUGGCUGUAACUACCCAGAGAGCCUGCCGCCUGUCACCGUCUCACUGGUGAAACGGAGGCUUGAGGGAAAGCUGGAGUCCCUGAAGGAGGUGCACCGAGCGCGGCAGGCGGAGCUGAGGAGGAUGGAGGGGGACGUGGAGAACGCCAGGAGCUCCAUGGAGAACCUGGAGGGCAGCGCCUCGGACAAGCAGCUCCGCUUCUACAGGGCCAUGACCCAGUACGCCAACAACCUGGUGGAGUGUCUCCAGGAGAAGGUGGUGGAGAUCAACUUGUUGGAGCUGGAGCUGCACACUCUCCUGGCAGACCAGAUGGAGUCACUGUUGGCAGACCGGAGGAAGAGUGUCAGAGAGCGGGCCGCUCACCUGCAGCAGCUCACCCAUGGCACUAAGGAGCAGGGCCUAGACUCCUCGGAUGGGACUCAGGGAGAGGUGACUUAUGAGCAAGGAGGUGUGAAGGUCUGUAGCGACAUACCAGAAGACAUGCAGCCUUCAUCUGAGGAAGAGGAGCGACUGCAGAAGACGAGGGCUGAUAUUCUUCUGCGGGCCCAGACUGUGUUCUCCGACGUCCAGGAAGACUUUUCAGACAUUAAGAAGAUCCUGUCCCGCUUCGUGGACUGGAGAGGGGCCUACUCGGACUCCUAUCACAACGCCUACAUUAACCUGUGUCUGCCCAAGCUGCUCAGCCCUUUGGUACGCCAUCAGAUGCUGGCAUGGGACCCACUGAAGGAUGUCUGUGCCGACUUCGAAGCGCUCCCCUGGUACCGAGCGGUGGAGACAUUCUGUCACGGCCAAGGCUACGAAGAGCUAGAGGACUCGGACACCAAAACACUGCCCAGUGUCAUAGAGAAGACGGUCCUGCCAAAGAUCACAGCCUACGUUGAGCUGGUGUGGGACCCGCUGUCUCUCGGACAGACGGUCCAUCUCUCAGACCUCUGCCACAAGCUGAACGACGACUACUCUGUCUUCAGCGGAGAGCGUAGCAAGCCGGCCAAGGUGUUGGUGGAGGUGCUGGUGACCAGGCUGAGAAGCUGUGUCGAUGAAGAUGUCUUCAUCCCUCUGUACCCUAAAAAGUUUUUGGAAGACCGAAUGUCCCCUCAGUGUCUCUUCCGUGACCAACAGUUCUGGACCGCGGUGAAGUUUCUAGGUAACAUGGGGAAGUGGGACACGCUGCUGUCUGAGUCUGUGCUGAAGGAGCUGAUGCUGGACAAGCUGCUGAACAGAUACCUGAUGAUGACCCUUCUCAACCAGAGCCCAGCCAGCUCCACUGUGACUGCAUGCAGCAAGAUAGCAGGCAGUCUUCCCCUCUCUUGGUUUACAGGAGAAAGUGUGUGCCCACCGCAGCUUCACUCUUUCACCAACCAUCUGGUCCAGACGGCCCACUCUAUCUGCACCGAGCAGCCCCCCGAAGAGCCUGACACAAGGUCUGCCAUGGUCAGUGUUCUGAAGGUGCUGAGUAGAAUACGCUGUUAUGACCCCAUCAUGACCAUUGCAGAGAAAUAUAAUUACCAAGACCUCAUCUACACUCACCAACUCACCAAUCCAGACACCAUAUGAACUGCAAGACGACGACUACUCGUUCUUAAAUGUGACAACGUCGGAGUGCUAUGUUUUGAGCUGGUUGGUAGGAAGGUCUUCCAUCCGUUUUGAUGCAUUGCCUGUAUUUAGUAGCCGCUAUUGGUUAGAAACAUCUGGAAGAUCAAACGUGACCCAAUGUCCAAUGCAGGCCACCUCAUAUUUUUAUAUAGGAAUGAUUAUUUGCGAUGGCAACAUUCCACCUGCAAUACUGAGCUUGAUGUGUGAAGAAAGCGAACAAAACAAUAUCACUUUUUAACAUAUUGAGCUGUCUUGAUCACCAUUUGUUUUCAUUGCCUGACAAUUGCUGUAAUAGUGGGUCUGUUUUUAUAUAUUGUAUACAGCAGGUAAAUGUAUGAGACAGACAUGACAAAUAAAUGAUUUGAUGCAUUACAUUUUACAAUUGUAUUUUAAUUGAGUAAUUUAGCAAUGCAGAGGGUUAAAGGAAUAUCUCAGACAAGGGUCGUAGAUUUUGGCAAUUUUGGUUGCAACUGCAUAAAGGAGAUCAAAACACUGUUCUUAAAUUUAAAUUCAAAAGGAAUAGUAACAUUGGAGUGCACAAGUCAGUGAGAUGAUUUUUAUCUCCCAUUUCUUCUUACAAAUCAUAGCAGAAUAGAAGACUCAUAAUAAAUAUUUAUUGCUAAAUUGUCCAGUGUAAUCGUAGUUCAUGCAUACAAAUGACAAAUAAAUCAGCAAACAAUGACAACAUAUGUUUGAAGAUACAUGUCUGCUUCCCAGUAUUGUGCGGAUAAAGUAAUGGUUGGAAAAUGCCACAAAAAACUCCCAGAUAUUCACCACUUAAAUAUAUAUUCUUAAAGAGUGAUUAUAAUACUUUUCAAAGACAUGACCGCCAACACAGGACCAUACAUUUCCGAAAUAAUCCCCAUAUUCAUUAAAUUACGUUGAAGGCUCUUCACUUCAUAUUGUUAACCCCUUUUCUCUUGUCUCUGCUGGCCCUGGCUGGUUCAGGGACCAAAGAACUGAUACAAGUUGACAGUUAUGGCGAACCACGUCAGGCCACUCUGAACCUCAGGGUUCAGAGUGUAAAAGAUUGCAUGGCACAACACAGCUUUAAGUUCUUACUGAAUUACACAAAACUUCAGCCUUUUGGUCAAAUUUAACUGGAAACAGACUAUAUUUGUUUUUGCACUGCCGAAUAGGCCCAUCUUAUACCUGCCUUUUUCCCGGUAUGGUCCGCGCGUUAACACUAACACUCUAAUAUAUUUAGAAGCUUUAUUUCCCACCCCAAUUUACCCUCUCGGAACCUGCACAUAUUGGCAUGUUUCAUUUUCUCUACACGUAUUGGCGGUGUCAUUUUCACGUAAAUGUGAUUAGACGGCAUCGCUGUUCCAGGGGCGGGACUUGGGCAGAGGUGUUGCUGCGUGGUCUCUCCAACGGAGACGGGUAUCCCGACGUCCCUGUGAUGUCAGAAUAAAUAACAUGUCAGCGAAAUAGAGAAUAUGUUUGGGUUUUUGCACUUGUAAAUAGUUAAUCACCUACUCAUUCUAGCAUGUGAGUGGCUUGAAUAAAAAUAAAAUAAACAUAGUAUGCAAAUUAUUCUAAAGAGGUCUACUGUCUGUGCGUAGCCCCGCCUACGCCAAUGAACCAAGAAAGCCGGCUCAUUGACGAAGGCGGAAUAUACCCCCGCGGUUUUACAAAGGCAAGACAGUGAAAUUGCCGGGUGUGCCAAGCUGUGACCGUAUCGGCUUGGCAGUGUAAAAAUGAAGUACCAAAUAAACCCACAAAGCUCCACAAGCAGGGUCAGAGCAACCGGGCCACUACCAGCAGAAUAACGUGCAGUACGUCAUACGCCAUAACAGUAUAAAUGUAAAGGAAUCGCCGACAUAAAGACUAGGUCACACUUUGGCAGCUCUAAACUCGGCUGCUAAUGAAUCUUUGGAUCUUUGAGCGAUUAGCCACACCACUCAUAAGUUGGCUGGAAUGCCC